AUGGAUGAUUUUCCCGAGAAACCCACUUUAGAAAUCGAAUUUCACGAAAACCCAGUUGCAUCAAAGCCCCUUCGCCACUCCGACGGCACGCUCCGAUACGUCGGCGGCCACAACCGCGUCCUUGCCGUCGAUUCCUCCAUUACAUGUACAGAGUUAGUGGAGAAGCUUAAGGAGUUCUGUGGCUACUCUGUGGAAUUGAAGUGUCCAUUGCCGAACGGAGAUUUAGAGACCAUGAUUACCGUAAAGUCCGACGAGGAUUUGGCGAAUAUCAUCGAAGAGUACGGUCGAGCUUCUUCUCCGCUUCGUCCUCUGAAGAUCAGAGCCAUUCUCGCACCGCAGCACCCCGGACUCCACUCGUCACCUCCUAUCUCAGCCGCUUAG